AUGUUGGCGGGGCGAAGGGGAGCCAGAGGCGGAAAGAGCCGGCGUGAUCAGCGGAAAGACAGCACAGAGGACGCGGGCGAGGAAAGGGAAAAAGUAGGAGGAGGGGGGACGGAGGAGGGGCAGCGGACAGGACGGCAGAGAAGGCGCCAGAGCAAACGCGGCCAACCGGGGAGGGGCGCGAAGCCAGGGGGGGGGAAGGACCGGGGGAAAGCACAGAAAGGGAGGGUGGCGGGCAGGGCGACAGAGACGCCAGGCCAGAGGGGGCCGGGGGAAAGAAGAGGAAAACGGAACGGGGAGAAGGAGGAAAGUGCAAGGCACGGCGGCCAGGGGGCGGGCGGGGGGGGGGGGACAAGGGGGGAGUUAGCAGAGGGCACGAGGCCGGAGGGGGGGAAAGGGGGGGGCGGAGACCCGCGGCAGAAGGGGGCCGGAGACCCAACCAACGGGAGCAGAGGGACCGAGCAGAAGGGAGCGGGUAAGACCGAGCAAAGAGGGACAGGUGCGCAGGGAGGGGGGGGCGCGACGGCGGCGGGGGACGAUGCGCGCAGAAGAAGGAAGAGGAGGGGGGGGCGGGAGGAGGGAGGAGGAGGAAGGAAGGGAGAGGGGUGGGAACAGGGGGGAGGGAUGCAGGCGGGGAAAAAGCCCAAGCGGGGGAGCGGGGAAGAAAGGGAAGGGCACGCAGGGAGGGCAACGGGGGAAGAAGGAGACGCAGGGGGCGCAGGAGAGGAAGGAAGAGGGAGGAGGGGGGGAAUGGGAUGCACAGAGGCGCCCGGGGACGAGGGGGGGGGGAGAGGAACAAGCGGGGAGGAGGGGGCAGGGAGGGAGACAAGGGGGGGGCAGCAAAGAAAGGGCGGAGGGGAGAGGGAGGAGGAGGGGGGAGGAGAGAGGAGGAGCUGA